AGCAGCGACUGUAAUCAAAACAGAGCAGCACUUCAAUAUUAUUGUUUUUUUAUUUCCAAGGAAGAACGUGACAAAUAAUUGACUCAACAAUGACGAAUCUUGUUUUAGAGCCUCGCUGAACAACGACUCGUUGCUGUUUCUGUUGCUUCUUUACCGACUUUUUACUUUUCCAAGCAUGGAUGCCGAGGGCCCCCUGGCGCUGUGCGACCUCUGCUUGGCUCAGGUGUGCUGCAGCCUUGACGCUCUGUGCAGCGUUCGAGCAGACGGCUCCAUGAGCCUCAUCUGGGCCCCGGUGUUCCCACAGGAGAUGGCCGACCAGCUACUGCAGAAGAUGACAACUAAAGGGAUACUGAACGACACAACAGUUGGAAUUUUCCGAAACUGCAAAGAGCUCCGUCUCCGUCGGGCCUCCAUCCGAUCCUCUCCCGUGUCUGCCGAAGCUUUCCGCUUGGCUCUCUGUCCUCACCGGCUCGUGGAACUAGAUGCCUCCUCGGUGUCCGGGAGUCUAGCCGGAGCAGACAUCGUCUCAGGCCUGGCCUCCAACCCCGAGUGCAGGUCGAGCCUGCAGAGGCUGUCCCUCAGUGGGUUACGUCUGGACUGGGAGUCUCUGGAACAGGAUGGCGGGGUCCGUGUUGGCUUCAGCUCCCUGCAGGGCCUCAGGACGCUCAACGUUGCCAACACGGACCUUAGUGAUGAUGCCCUGGAGGACAUCUGUACCCUCCCUCACCUAGAGACUCUGGACAUCUCCUGCAGUGCCGUCUCAAAGCUUACGGCUCUCCUUGAGUGCAAAAACACCCUGAGAUCCUUAAUCGCCCACAAACUGCAGCAGCUGGAUAUGUCACCUGCCAGGCUGCUCUUUGUCUUUAACCAGCUUCACGCUCUCAGACAUCUGGACUUCUCGGACGACCACUUCGCUGUGGACGACAGCGAUGGAAGAGUUGGAGAUGAGACAGUGCGGCAGCUUCUGGAGGGCAGUCCGCAGGUCCUGCCAUCGCUCGUUUCUUUAGAUAUCUCCGGGCGGAAGAGAGUCAGUGAAGCUGCAAUCAGAGCCUUUGUGGAGACCAGGACUGGACUGGUCUUCUUGGGCCUGCUGGCCACUGGAGUCAGCUCCUGCGACAUCCUCUUAUCAAGGAAAAACCUCAAAGUAACCGGAGAGGCUGAUGAGAACCAGGUGUGUGAGGCGCUCAGGAGGUACAGAGACCGGGAGUGUUUCAUUCGAGAGGCCCUCGUCCAUCUCUACAAUCUAACCACCGACGCUGACAAACCACAGCCAGACAUGCUGAAGCUGGUGGUGAGCGCGAUGCAGAGCCACGCCGCCUCCCUGCACGUCCACCUGGUGGCCACGGCGUGCGUGUUCAACCUGACCACGCAGGACCUGGCCGAGGCCAUGUCCGUCCGGCUGCUCAGCUCCUCCGUCAACCAGCUGCUGUACGCCAUGAAGACUUUCCCCAACCACCAGCAGGUCCAAAAGAACUGUCUGCUGGCUCUCUGCAGCGACUAUAUCCUUCAGGAUGUUCCUUUUGACAAGUAUUUAGCCGCCACGCUGGUGAUUAACUGGCUGAGCAACCACGAGGAUCCGACCCUUCAGAGGAUGGCUGUGGCUGUCAUCUCCAUUCUGGUGGCCAAGUUGUCCACAGAGGAGACGGCGCAGCUCAGCAAGGACGUCUUUAUUAUGAAGCAGCUGCUGGCUAUUGUGCAGCAGAAAGCCAUGGUGGGAGUGGUAGACUCCACUCUGAAGUUCGCCCUGAGUGCUCUGUGGAACCUGACAGAUGAGAUGCCCGCGGCGGCUCGCAACUUCAUCGAAUGCCAGGGCUUGGAGCUGUACGAGGAGGUUUUGGAGUCCUACUACAGUGAACCUUCUAUUCAGCAGAAAGUUCUUGGCCUCCUGAACAACAUCGCAGAGGUGGAGCAGCUACAGGCCGACCUGAUGGAGGAGGACCUGUUGGAGCACAUCCUCAGUCUCCUGCAGGACUCCCAGGUGGAGGUGGGAGUCCGGUACUUUGCGGGGGGGAUUCUGGCGCACCUCUCCUCCAGAGCAGAGGCCUGGACCCUGAACGACGAGCUCCGAACCACCAUACUGGAGCAGCUGCAUGAUUCCAUAAUGACCUGGACCCAGCUGGAGAGAGAAAUGGUGUCUUACAGGUCGUUCCGUCCGUUUUGCCCUCUGCUUCAGCCCUGUCAGCCCUCAGGAGUGCAGCUGUGGGCAGUCUGGGCCAUCCAUCUGGUCUGCAGUCAAAACACUCCACAUUACAGCAGCAUGCUGGAGAAGGAGGGCCUGACAGAACUUCUUAAAGCUUUGGCUGCACAUCCCGACACGCACAGCGACAUUAAAGGACUGUCAGACAAAAUCUUGGGAAUGGUGGAGCAACACCAGAGUCACUGUGGAGCAUCCAAGAACCAGACGGAGCCUCGAAAGUCUUGACGAAAGUGUAAAGAAAUAUAGAUUUAAUUUCAUUUAUUGUCUUUGAGCUGCAUCUAAAAUGUGCUCGCAGAUGCAGAAUUAUAGUGCAGACUCUUCGUGUCGACCCCGAUGUUGAAUAGAACAAACUGUGUACCAUAUUCUGUAAAUUAUAAAUGGAGAGUAUGAAUUUUGUUUAUGUGACUGUCUGCUUUUAAAUUGUUGAUGUAGAUUGGAAACCAGAUUUGUUGUUUACAGAGAGCGGUGAGCAUCCUAAUGAACAUUUGCUCAAUUCUGAGGUCAAAUUGCUACUAGACCGAGUGUCUGAGCUUAAUGGAGUGUUCCAAAUUAACUGAAGCUGGAGGCGAAGAUUGUGUUGUAAAUCAUGCAUAGUUCCGAAGCGGGUCACUAGAGGGCGCUGCGGCACUGUAGCUUUGGGGCUGUUUUGCCCUUUUGAAGCGUUUGUGUAAAAGUCAUUAAAUGUGUAGAUUCGAGAUCGUGUGUGAUAAGUGACAAGACGCCAAAGCAGGCCGAAUCUGAUGCUGACACAUUAUAAAGCCCUGGAAAAUAA